AUGUGCCCUACUCCAGACGAAGCCCCGGCUACCGCCAGCCGUACCAAUGGCGCCAAUGGCACAAAUGGCAGUGACAAUUCCCACCCUGGUUACACUGCUAUUCCAACCAAGCCUACACACCGUGCGCCCUAUGCGCCUGUUGGCGACUUCCUGAGCAAUGUCUCCAGGUUCAAGAUCAUCGAGUCUACCCUCCGUGAGGGCGAGCAGUUCGCGAACGCCUUCUUCGACACCGAGACCAAGAUCAAGAUUGCCAAGGCCCUCGACGAUUUCGGCGUCGACUACAUCGAGCUCACCUCGCCCGCCGCCUCGGAGCAAUCGCGAAAGGAUUGCGAGACCAUCUGCAAGCUCGGCCUCAAGGCCAAGAUCCUGACCCACGUCCGCUGCCACAUGGACGAUGCCCGUCUGGCUGUGGAGACUGGUGUCGAUGGACUCGAUGUCGUCAUUGGCACAUCCGCGUACCUCCGUGAGCAUUCGCAUGGCAAGGACAUGACCUACAUCAUCAACACUGCCAUUGAGGUCAUCGAAUUCGUCAAGUCCAAGGGCCUCGAGGUCCGAUUCUCCAGCGAGGACUCUUUCCGUUCCGACCUGGUCGAUCUUCUCUCCGUGUACAGUGCCGUUGACAAGGUUGGCGUUCACCGAGUGGGAAUCGCAGACACAGUCGGCUGCGCUUCCCCAAGACAGGUCUACGACCUGGUGAGGACUCUGCGUGGUGUUGUCAAGUGUGACAUCGAGACUCAUUUCCAUGACGAUACCGGCUGUGCCGUUGCCAACGCAUACUGCGCUCUCGAAGCCGGUGCCACACACGUUGACACCUCGGUUCUUGGUAUCGGUGAGCGCAAUGGCAUCACCACCCUUGGCGGUCUGAUGGCGAGAAUGAUUGUCGCCGACCGCGAGUACGUGACCAGCAAGUACAAGCUCGAGAAGCUCAAGGACCUUGAGAACUUGGUGGCCGACGCUGUGCAAAUCAACGUGCCAUUCAACAACCCAAUCACUGGAUUCUGUGCUUUCACUCACAAGGCUGGUAUCCACGCCAAGGCCAUCCUGAACAACCCGGCCACGUAUGAGAUUCUGAAGCCCGAAGACUUCGGUCUCAACCGCUACGUCCACUUUGCUUCAAGGCUGACAGGCUGGAAUGCCAUCAAGAGCCGUAUUGAGCAGCUCGGCCUCUCCAUGACUGACGACGAGGUCAAGCUCUGCACACAGAAGGUCAAGGCCAUGGCUGAUGUCAGGCCGCUGGCCAUCGACGACGCCGACUCUGUGAUCCGUACUUUCCACAAGAACCUCACGUCGGACGAGGAGAAGCCUCUGCUUCCCGACUUGACAUCCGAGGAGCAUGCCAAGUUCAAGAAGGCCGAGAAGGAGAUUGCCGGUGAGACCGAGAAGAGAUCAGCGGAUGAGAUUAGUGCCGAGGGUACAAACGGCAGCGCUGCCAAGAAGGUCAAGGUAUAG